AUGGUGGUCACCAGGAGUGGAAAGUCAGUCACUACGACGGGCAAAAAAAUUAAGUUUCUGGAUGAUGGUGGUGAUCCAAGUGAUAUUGAAGUAGUAACAGUGUCUAGUGCAAGAGAAUCAUCACAAGAGCCCGAGCAGACCGGUGCUGCUUCGUCGGGUAGUGACCUGGAUGAAGACUCAGACGAGGCGCCAGAGGAAGAGUCUAUUUCUCAACUGAAAUCAACAGCCUUGCAGAAAAAGAGGGAACAGGAGAAGCUAGAACAAAGCUUGCGUCAACAAGACAGAGAAAAGAGAAAGCAGAGAGAUUUGCAAUUCAAACAACAGCAGGAAGCCAAAAGAGAAAAGAUAAAGGAUUUGGUCCUGGCCGACCAACUACCUGAUCUUUUACCUGAAGAGGCUUUCGAGUCUGAGGACGAGGAAGACAUGCUGGACAACACCAGAAGUGGUAAGCACUUGCGCACAGAGCACUUUGAGCAGGAAGAUGCCGCCAUGAGGAAAAGAAUGAAGCUAGAAAAACUUAGGCGUCUCAAGGAGAUGAGAAACCAAGCAUUGAAAAAGGGCCCUGUGUACGUGCAAGUACACGAAGGGGCCUCUAAGAGCCGCGUGCCCCGCGCUGAGCAGUCUGUUCUUGACACGAAGAGCCAGUGGUUGCAAAGGGAGUCUCUUAAGAAGAAAUAAACGAUCUGCAUUGAGAAGACUAUAAAAGAGAAAAGCCGAGACGUCCGUAGCUCGGUGGUGUGUUUGAGGAACCGGUCCUCUAUUUAGAUAAUCAACUUCAAUAGACUCACAGAUACAUUUCAUAUGUGCACUGGCAAAGCCCAACUCACUUUUGUAAGGAGGGUGUGCUUUAUUUGUCAGGUAUACCAAUACGCUCAUUUCUCGAAAGCUGGGGCUCCUUGAAAAUAAUUGGAUGCAGCUUGUCUUGUUCCUGGCUUUGGUCAACUUGGGAAAAUGAAGAUUGAUGCUUGAGAGCCACUGAGUCAUCGUAUUCCAAGAUGUCCUCGGGGGUCAAUUUGAUGGUCGUGGCUGGUCUACGAAGCAUUGUGAAAUAACCGAGUCUCUGGAAUAUGUCGGAUACAAGUGGGGAGUUUGCAAAAAUUAUUUCUCCACUGACUCACGUGACUUGGUCGUAUGCGCCUCUGUAGGUGAGCGUGAUAAACGCAAGA